AACGUGAUGAAGUGCAAGUAUAUACAUGCCUGAGUAUCAUAGGAUGCAAUGAAUUAGUCAUAUUGUCAAAGGCAGUGGCAGCAAUGGAGUCUUGAGUUACGAAUGUACUUCAAGUUAACACAUUUAGUUUUGUGAUAUUUGAUAUAAGACAGUGUAGUGCAGUGUUAGUUCCGAAUCUUUUGGGGUACUUUGCUAGUGAGUGUGGGAUGAUGCUGUGAGCGGAAAUCACAUCUCCAGACAUGAGGGAGGCCAGACGCUUUUCCAACUCCAGUCGCCAGUGUUGCCAACAAACCGCCCCUUCUGCGUUUGCUGCUGGAAUCGUGGCUUUCGAGAUCCCAGAUUCCGGAAUUUGACAAUUUGUACUUGGACAUGAAUGGUAUAAUUCAUAUGUGUUCACACCCAAAUGAUUUUGAUCCUCAUUUUAGGAUAACCGAAGAGAAGAUUUUUAAGGAUAUUUUUCACUACAUUGAAGUCUUAUUUCGAAUGAUUCAGCCUCAGCGAUUGUUUUUUAUGGCAGUAGAUGGGGUGGCUCCAAGAGCUAAAAUGAACCAACAGAGAGGUCGCAGGUUCCGAUCUGCAAAGGAGGCAGAAAUUCUUGAGAAAAAGGCUCGUGAACGUGGUGAGGUACUACCCUCAGACGCGAGGUUUGACUCAAACUGCAUCACACCAGGGACUGAGUUCAUGGCUCGCUUGCAUGAGCAGCUCAGGUACUUUGUGACAUACAAGGUCACUACAGACACACUUUGGCAGAAAGUGAAGGUCAUUCUAUCAGGACAUGAGACUCCAGGUGAAGGUGAACACAAAAUAAUGGACUACAUACGGUACAUGAAGUCGCAACCUGGCCAUGAUCCGAAUACACGUCAUUGUCUCUAUGGGCUGGAUGCAGAUCUUAUCAUGUUGGGUCUCUGUUCUCAUGAACCUCACUUUUCUCUGCUCCGAGAAGAGGUGAAAUAUGGGCGCAAAGCUAAACAACAACGCACAUCAACUCCUGAGGAGACAAAGUUUUUCUUGUUACAUCUCUCCCUGAUGCGAGAAUACUUGGAAUUGGAAUUUGGAAUUCUCAAGACGAUGCUGUCCUUUCCGUUUGACAUCGAGAAAGUCAUAGAUGACUGGGUUCUGAUGGGGUUUCUUGUGGGUAAUGACUUUAUCCCACCACUUCCUGACAUGCACAUUAUCAACGGGGCACUGCCCACCCUAUACAAGGCGUACGUCGAUGUGUUGCCAACGCUUGGUGGUUACAUCAAUGAAGGUGGAACACUCAAUUUAGAACGCUUCCAGAAGUUCAUGGAAAAGCUGUCCGCAUAUGAUUUUGAACAGUUUAGGGAUACAUACGCAGACCUUAAGUUUUUUCAAGCUAAGACAGGGCGACGUCUGGGAAGUAAGGAACGCCAUAGUUAUAAAAACACUGGUACAAAAGAGAAUGAAGAGUUGUUUGAAGAAGACGUCGAUGCUGCAAGACCUGUGAGAAAUACAGAUGUGGAGACCCUGGUUCAGAUUACGGAGCAGGAACUGCGGCCGGAGUUGGGGACUCUGAGCGAAGAUGAGGAUGACGACGUCGAUGACUGGGAGGAAUAUGAGAGCGACGAAGAUGCGCAUGCCAAUGCUCUUUUCCACCUGGAGUUUCGCCAACACAAGAAGGAUUAUUACAUGACGAAGCUGGAAUAUGACACUGUGGACAGUGAUGUGCUACGAUCUCAGGCGGAUGGCUAUGUGCGCGCCAUCCAGUGGAACCUGCACUACUACUACAAUGGGGUGUGCUCAUGGUCUUGGUUUUACCCACAUCACUACGCUCCAUAUAUUUCAGAUAUAUGCAAUUUUUCAAAGAAUUUGGAACUAAAUUUUGACAUGGGGAAACCAUUUUUACCUUUCCAGCAGCUCUUGGCUGUUCUGCCUACAGCUAGUAAAACGUUGUUGCCAGUACCAUAUCAACAGUUGAUGUCAGAGAAGGAGUCCCCCAUAUUUCACUUCUACCCAUCUGAAUUCAAGACAGAUCUCAAUGGGAAGAAACAGGAGUGGGAAGCCGUUGUUCUCAUCCCGUUUAUUGACGAGGAAUCACUUCUGGAGGCCAUGGCUCCCUGCGAAGACCUUUUGACCAAGGAGGAACGCAGACGUAAUAGUCAUGGUCCUAUGCUUAUCUACAAAUACACGGAAGAAGACCUUGGUCAAUAUGCAGCGCCAGAAUAUUUUCCUCCUCUUAAGAGCAACCAUGCAUUAGUAUGUAAGAAAAUAAGAGAUGAAAUUCACGUCGAUCGCAGUCGCCUAGUGAGGGGUUUGUGCCCUGGUGUGCGGCUGGAUGUCUACUUCCCAGGAUUCCCCACACUGAAGCACAUUCCUCAUACCGCAUCACUGCAGAAGUGCAAAGUGAAGGUGUUUGAGCAGCCAAGUCAAGGCACCAACAUGAUACUGCAGAUUGUGGACCAAGGAAAACCAGAUAUUAAAGAGGUUGCAACUGAGCUCUUGGGACACACCAUUUAUGUCGGGUGGCCCCAUCUUGUGGAGGCUAAGGUGGUGUCUGUGUCAAACAAGGAGUUCCGCUAUGGGCUGCAGGAGGACUCGGCUUUGAAACCGCCACAACUCAGUAUUGAAGAGGUGAAGGGCACUUCUGCAGCUCAGUGGACCCUACAGCUCAAGGGCAUCCAAGAACAUUAUGCCAAUCGCAUGGGCGUGCAAAUAGGACAGACAAACAUCUUGGUGCAUGCCACAACCUUGAUUGGCAGGAAGUACGUCUAUGGCCUGACAGGGAAGAUAACGAUUCAAAAGCAGUGGUGUGAUAAGCCGACAGCUUAUGCCCUACAGACAACGGUGAGAGACAUUGCCGUCCACGACAGAACAUUUGUCAAGUACCGUUCACUGCAGGAAAUGUUUCCACCUAAGUCGGUGUGCUUCAUGUUGGGUCAUCCUCUUUAUGGAGCCAUGGGAGAGGUGAUCGAUGGUGGUACGUCGGUAAAGAGUGGACGAGUGAAGGUAAGCAUGUCGGUAACUCCUGAGCCAAACCUGGACAGAGUACGCAAGAAGCAUCAAGACUCCAAUAUUUACUGCUACAUGCCUGGAAAUGUUGCAGCUCAGCGUCUGGGAGUGUCAUCGUACCUAGUGUCGCGGGUCACAGGAACCAUUUACAUUAUUCAGGAAGACAAGAAUGCCAGUGCGGACUCAUGUAAAAAAGUCAAUGUUGGGCUAAAUCUUAAGUUCAACAAACGCAAUGAAGAGAUACCAGGGUACACUCGUAAGCUGGGAGCAGUGUGGCAGUAUUCUAACAAGGCAGUGGAUCUGGUGCAGAAGUACAUGGAGCAGUUUCCUGUGCUCUUUGAACACCUGGCCAAACAUACUGGGAAUGAUGUGUUCUACGAAUCAGAUGUGUUGUCACCUGUGAAUGAAGGGGGGGUGAGUUGCUUAACAGCCAUCACAGACUGGCUGAAGGAGCAGCCAUACACAAAGAUAGAGCGACAAGUUUGUGGAUCAGAAAUUGUGGAGGCAGAAUUGGUGCAGGCAAUUGAAAAAGAGGUGGAUGAGUUCCAGCAGCAUGGAUGCCGUGUUAAGACUGUCGUAAUGCAAGUGAAACCACACCUCCUGUACAAGCCUGAGCUUCAAGUUGGAAAUCUUGCCCCAGACCUGUUGGCAAACCACCGACUUCUUGACCGCAUCGUGAACAUUCGAGAAUCUUACACAGUACCGCUGGGUCUCAAAGGCACUAUAAUAGGUAUCCACCGUACAGAGAAUGAAGCAGAGCUCAUGUAUGAUGUGUUGUUCGACAAGCCAUUCCCAGGCGGUCUUCUGCUUAAUUGUUCAACAAACCGUGGUUAUCGGUUGUCUCAACUAGCUAUAUUGAAUAUCUCUCACGGCCAGCGUGUUGAACAGGUGAAGACUGUCGGCAAGCCAACUGCUGUCGUUCAACCAUCUGGCAACACCGUGGUACAGGAAGAUUUCAUGUAUGCCCCCUGGAACAAGCAACGCUCCAUAGGGAGUGGCAACACUGCACAAGGCCAUUCUGCAUUUGCGAGCUGGAACAGCAGUCAGCCGGCUCAGAAUGGAGUACCUUAUGCAAUGGCACCACAUUCGUCUAAUAUUAGCACCACUCCGUUGUACAGAACCAUCGGCAGUCGAUGUGCCUCACAGCCGACGGGUGGUGGCAGUGUCCCACCUCAGCCAACCUUCUUGGUUGGUAGUAAGCAACAACAGAACACGUCAUCUUCCAAAAUACUAAAACAGCAGAACUAUAGCAGUCCAGUGGCCAAAGUCUAUGGUUCAGCUCCCAGCAAAGUCACGUCCCAACCCCCAGAAUUCCAAGAUAUUUGGAAACAACUAGAGAAAACUACUGCACCUUUACAGAAAAGCGCCGUGUCUUCACAGAAGCCUAGCCAAGCAUCGCCACAGCAACAGAAACAGUUGGUACCGACUUCUGAGAUUGGGGAGGACACUGGUACCAAGCUUCUAAAGGAAAUGUUGCAAAUUAAUGAUGACGCAGCUUCACCAGUCUUUCUGAGCAGUUCCUCACAGCAAGUGCAACUGCUACGUCGACACGUUUCCAUCGAAGAAAUGUUUGAGCGUGUGCGAGUAGCUGGGUCUGGCAUCUCCAAGGAUAAUACAUCCAGCUACUGUGCUCAGCUUAUCAGCAUUUUUCAGCGAAAGGGGUAUGGUAUCCCCCGGUAUAAUUACUUGGACAACAAAGAGGAUGGGUCUGUCCAAGCUCAGGUUAUGCUCCCAGACAUGCGGGCUUUCUUCGGAGACAUCAGUAGCACACGAGAGCAGGCUUCGGAGAGCGCAGCUAAGAUUGCUCUUUCUCAGUUGUUGCUGGAAACAGAGCAUCAGGAACAUACCCCAGCAUCGGGGGUGGGGAAGCCUGGUACCAAUACCCUGCCCAUCCCUCCACCGCAGUGGUGCCAACAUCGGCAACAGCAGCCACCUCUCUCCACUCAGACAUUCCAUCCCAAGCAGCACAACCGCCAAGAUUCUGUACCAGAUUGGCGGCACGGACCCGGUCCAGAGAUGAUACCCACCGGCGGCCCUCCAGGAGGUAGAAGGCCAUUCACCUGGCAGCACCAACAGAAACUGCCACCACCACCACCACCAUUCAUGUAUGCAUCAUACCAGGUCCAGCAGCAGCCACAUUGGCGUGGGAGUGGAGUGGCUAGCAGUUCUACCAACUGGAGACAGCUUCCCAGAGACUCACGGCAACAAGAGCCCUGGCUUGGCAGCAAUACAUAUAUCAGGAGACAAGUGCCAUUCGAAGAGCCACAGCAACAGUUUAUCCCACUGCAGGCUGUAAAGCAGCAGAGAAAUAAGAUCCCGGGGGCACUGCCCCAGCAGCAAAUUAGCAGGAAGUGGCCCGAACAACAACAACGACAGCCACCUACAGAACAGAACCAGCUAGUGCCUGUAGAGCCCAUUGUUACCAACAAGGAGAAUCCUGUGCUCAGCCGACCAAACAGUGUCGCAUCCAAGCCUCUGGUUAGCCACUGUAGGAAGUCUCGUCUGGCUGCCAACUUUAGCACACGUAUUUCUGAUUAGUCAUGAAUGUAGUGACAUCUUGGUGAAGAGAGGGCUACUACUGCACCAGAAUCCUGUAUGGAAAGUGGAUACCAUGAAAUUGUGUUACAGAAGUACUCUGCAUGUCUGAAUGUGAUCAUAGCAGAACAGCUGUUUGUAAUCAUAUCCAUUUCUCCCUGACCCCUCCACCCAGUGGAAUGUAAUCAUUUUAUUAACUGAUCAAUGUAACAAACACAGGUGUUUCACCUGUUUCCAUUUUAUUAUAGUCUAUUCCGUCAAGAGUUUUGACAUUUGAUUUUACCUAUAGCAAUAAAAUAUUUGUUUGUAAUGUA